AUGGCAGCCAAGUCCCAACAGCGCCCCCUCAUCUCGCGCCUGGAGGCACCGGAAACGUCCGGUAGGGGCGGUGGGGCGCUGGUACCCGGGGGAGGGGGUGGCGGGGAGCUGAGGGCCCGGAAGGUGGCCGCGGAUUCUGAGGCGCUGGGAGGAGGAAAUAAUGCCGGCCACACAGUUGUUGUAGAUUCCGUGGAGUAUGAUUUUCAUCUUUUACCCAGUGGAAUAAUUAAUCCAAAUGUUACUGCAUUCAUUGGAAAUGGUGUGGUAAUUCAUCUACCGGGAUUAUUUGAGGAAGCAGAAAAAAAUGUUAAAAAAGGAAAAGGUCUGGAAGGCUGGGAAAAAAGGCUUAUCAUAUCCGACAGAGCGCAUAUUGUGUUUGAUUUUCAUCAAGCAGCUGACGGCAUCCAAGAACAGCAGAGACAAGAACAAGCAGGAAAGAAUUUGGGUACCACAAAAAAGGGCAUCGGCCCCGUUUAUUCUUCCAAAGCUGCUCGGAGUGGACUCAGGAUGUGCGAUCUGGUUUCCGAUUUCGAUGGCUUCUCUGAGAGGUUCAAAGUUCUAGCAAACCAGUACAAAUCUAUAUACCCCACUUUGGAAAUAGACAUCGAAGGUGAAUUACAAAAACUCAAGGGUUAUAUGGAAAGAAUUAAACCAAUGGUGAGAGACGGAGUGUAUUUUCUAUAUGAGGCCCUGCAUGGACCACCAAAGAAAAUCUUAGUAGAAGGUGCAAAUGCGGCACUUCUAGAUAUCGAUUUUGGAACCUAUCCUUUUGUAACCUCCUCAAACUGUACAGUUGGAGGUGUUUGUACUGGAUUGGGUAUGCCCCCUCAGAAUGUUGGAGAAGUGUAUGGGGUUGUGAAAGCUUACACAACUAGAGUUGGUAUCGGCGCCUUUCCUACAGAGCAAGACAACGAAGUUGGAGAAUUAUUACAGACAAGAGGUGGAGAGUUCGGUGUGACUACUGGAAGGAAAAGAAGAUGUGGCUGGUUGGACCUCGUUUUGCUUAAAUAUGCUCAUAUGAUUAACGGAUUUACUGCGUUGGCACUUACCAAAUUGGAUAUUUUGGACACGUUUACAGAAAUUAAAGUUGGAGUUGCUUACAAGUUAGAUGGUGAAAUUAUACCUCAUUUCCCAGCAAACCAAGAGAUCUUAAAUAAAGUUGAAGUUCAAUAUAAGACUCUUCCAGGAUGGAACACAGACAUAUCAAAUGCAAGGACGUUUAAAGAGCUGCCAGUUAACGCACAAAAUUACGUUCGAUUUAUUGAAGAUGAGCUUCAGAUUCCAGGUAAAUAG